CUAAGUUGGGAGAAUUUGAGGACUGAUUUGAAACCCGUGUUUAUAUGCGUUGAUCGAAAUUGUAGACUCCCCUUCUCAGAGAAACCAAGCAAGCUAUUGGAGUGUCGUCGAAUUUGCAUUUAAUAUUUAUUGCCACAGGAUAUAUAUGAUGAGGACAAGGCCAACGGCAGUGUUCAUGGCCUUCGGCACCAAAGGCGAUGUCAAUCCUUUGGCAGCCAUAGCUGCAGCUUUCUCCCGUGAUCAACGCCAAUAUCAUGUCUAUUUUGUAACUCAUUCAGCACACCAGAGCUUGAGAGUUUAUUUGGAAGCAAAGGGAGUUAUGUUUGUUCCAGCUUCAACACCACCUGUUCUUUCUCCUUUACAACAUCAUGGUUCCAUGGGGGACUCCUUCUCUAAACAUAAAAAGGAACUUACCAGAAAACAUAGAGAAGAGUGCAUUUCCAUUAUUGAGGGUAUAUUUGGAGACGGGUCUAGCACGCACAAAGAUUUUAUUGCCAUCAAUUUCUUUGCAUUGGAAGGUUGGAAUCUGGCAGAGCUUUUCAAGGUUCGUUGUGUUGUUGCUGCUCCUUAUGUUGUUCCUUACAGUGCCCCUGCUUCAUUUGAAAGGCAAUUUAGGAGAGAGCUCCCACUUUUGUAUAAGUAUCUCCAGGAAGCCCCUGCUGGCAAGGUUGGUUGGAAAGAUGUUAAUCACUGGAUGUGGCCACUUUUUACUGAGGAGUGGGGAUCAUGGAGAAGCCAUGACCUAAAGCUUAGUUCCUGUCCUUUUACGGAUCCAGUAACAGGUCUUCCAACAUGGAAUUACCGACCACCUUCUCCCAUGCUAUUGUAUGGAUUUAGCAAAGAAAUUGUGGAAUGUCCUGCAGCUUACUGGCCAUCAAGAGUCCGGGUUUGUGGUUUUUGGUUUCUUCCCAUUGAUCGCCUAUUCUCAUGUAACAAAUGUUUGGAAGGAUCUGCAUUGGCUUCUACAGAGUUAAAAGCAAAAAAUGGGUUGUGUCUUGCUCACACCAGAUUGCAAUACUUCUUGAGUACUUCUGAACAACACCCGCCACCAAUUUUCAUAAGUCUCAGUUCUGUUGGAAGCAUGGGCUUUAUGACGGACCCUUGGGCAUUUCUUCGGGUACUUGGACAUGUUUUGGAAAUCACAAGUUACAGGUUUAUUCUGCUGUCAGCUGGAUAUAAGCCUUUAAACGACGUAAUCCAACUGUGUGCUCAAGAAUCAUCUUCAUGUUCAGAACAAACACCAUGCAACAAUGAUGAUGGAGUUUUUCUUUUCAAUGGCCGGUUUCUUUCUUUACCAGGUUCUAUAUCGUACCAGUGGUUGUUUCCAAGAUGUGCUGCUGCAAUCCAUCACGGGGGAAGUGGGUCCACUGCUGCUGCACUGCAAGCUGGAAUUCCUCAGGUGAUAUGUCCAUUCAUGCUGGAUCAGUUCUAUUGGGCAGAUAGGAUGUUUUGGCUUGGGGUUAGUGCAGAGCCGCUGAAAAGAGAGCACUUGGUACCGGACACAAAUGAUAGCUGCGGCAGCAGCACCAAAGAAGGAGCCAAAAUGCUUGCGAAGGCCAUAAACUUUGCUCUCUCUUCUCAGGUUAAAAAACGGGCAUUGCAGCUUGCAAUCACUCUGUCUACUGAGGAGGAUGGAGUAGCACAGGCAGUGAAGAACUUGACUGAAGAGCUUGGCGGAGGAGAUAUGGUAAACUGGUGAAGUGCACUUUCGCGGAAGAUAAGCAAAGAGCCAUCCCCCCACACUAAUGGAAAGUUUUGCAAAUUUUUUCUGGAACUGGAAGAUCUUUCCGUGAUCUUCAACAUAUCCGGGGUUCAAUGUGACCAUGUGGUGUAUCCAUUUAUUUCCUCCAUAUCCCGUCAAUUUGGAGAAGUCCCCUGGAUGUUUUCACGACGUGUAAGGUACAGUCAUUUGCUUUGAAAAUCCACUAAGUUUGCAACGUGGUUAAGUUAAAACCUUUGAAGGAUUGUACCACUGCCGUAAUAAUUAGUUAUGUGUAAAUGUUGUGUGGUGUGAUUGUCAUGUAUGUUUGGUGUCUUGUUUGGACUAGAUUCUUACCCGUGUGAUGCAUGGAUCAAAAUUAAGCCUCAAUUAUCUUUUAUUAUUUGUUAACAUUAUUAGUGAAAGAAUUAUAUAGUCCGGUGAAAGCUAGUACGAGC